AUGUCGAAUACGCCCCAUGCUUCUUUCGAUAUCAUAGCAUCCAACACGUUUGUUGGUUUUCCUGAUGGGAAGAUAUUUAGCUGGUGUCCUAGAAUGGAACUUCUUGCUGUAUCCAUGAACAAAACCUCGAUUUGGGUAUUUCGUUUGAACGGCGAGAGAGUCUAUUCGAUUAACAAUCGCAGUGAAGUGAUCCACCUAGUCUGGAACCAAAGUGGGAAGUUCUUUGGAGUCUCUGGUGCUGAUAAAUUCGUCAAGGUGUACGAUUCCAACAAUGGUGCCCUUAUAAACACUUUCGCAACAAGUACUGUCUUGCCCAUUACUUUGACCAAUUGGUGUUCUGUGUGUACUUUUGAAGAUUCAAGCAAUUCGAAAUUGUCCAACCUGGACUUCUUCAAAGUGAACACACUAGGGGGAAUGCCCAAACUUGGAAACGAAAUAGACAGGAUAGGAUCAGAGACCAAAGCAUUCUCAUCUAGCACUAUUCAGCCAGUGACAAACACAAACGAGGAUGAAUCAGUCCUUGACUGUUUGAUAGUUGUGAACGCAGAUGCUCUCAUGUCUGUGACGUUUGAUAACUUGUUCAUUGUCCCAGAUAUAGAAUUGCCUGAUAAUUGCAAGUUCUUGAAACAUGGCGUGGCUGGCGAUAUGUUUCGCCAGCACUUUUUAGUCGAAGAAGAAAACGGGAACUUGAGUCUAAAAGGUGUCACGUUGGAUAUGUCAGUCCCAGAGCAGAAGAAGCACCUUGUCAAUAUUAUCCGUUGGAGCUCUAUGCUUGUAUCCAUCACAAAUCAUAUCAAUGAGCAGUUUCGACUCAUAGUUAAGGAGGCACAGGAAUUUGUCACACUUUUUGACCGCCACAUGGGGAAUUUAAAGGACGCCUUGUAUUCUGAAGUUGAUCUCACGGCAGAAUUCCCACAACCAGCUGACGUGGAAGCGAAAAUCAUAGACACAUUCAUGCAUAUGUUACUUUCUGGACUAAUACCUGCAAACUUGAAGGAUUAUUGGCUAAAUCAAUUUGGUGAACGUGGGCUUCUUAAAGUUUCAAGCGUUGGAAAUAGUGCAUUCGAUAACGCGAGAAAGACUCUGUUUUCACAAAUUAUUUUAGCUCUUGAAAAAUGCAUUGUUAUCCUAAGUAAUAUGGAAGCAGUAGUGUUAGCUGAGACAACUUUGCAUGGCCUUGAUUUCGGGAUAUCACUGGAAAUGAUUUCUAAGUCGAUCUAUCUUGCAAAACAAUUGAUCAAAGAUUUUUAUGAAUUCAUCUGGGAGAUAAAAGAGGAACUGGAAGCAUUCAAUAAAAUGUUAAAUUGGUUGAAAGUUGAAGUCGUCGACAAGCUAGCGAAAGAAGAAUCCGACCCACAAUCAUUUUUCUCUCAGCAUUCUACAAUGGAGUUCAAAGCAUCUACGGUAAUGGAUUACUUUGAACAAUAUUUACUUGAUCCAGCCUUUCUUAAAUAUUUGCCAGUGAAUACUUCAAACAAUGAAGUACUCAAUAAAUCCAACUUGGUUCUAGAUUUGCAACAGUCCAUCAAUGAAUUGAUCGAAACUGUGGAUUCUCAGCUUUUAAAGGGAUUAAGAAAUGACAUAAGAACCAAAGUGAAGUUCAAAGACUCAACGACAUUGCAAAUUCAACCCAAACAAGUUGAAUGCAAAUUGAAACUUUCUGACUCUGGUGCUCUUGUAACGGCAGCAAAAGGAUCGAAGCUCCUGAUAAUAAGAGUCUCUGGUGUUGAUCAACAGAAACUUGAGCUUGAUCUUGGCGAGCAAAUAAUCUCCCACGAGAUCCUCAAUGGAAACAGAAUAGUUGUGCUAUACAGAGAAAGCGAGGUUAAUUAUAAAUUUGAACUAUAUCGAAUCAACUUUGCCAAGAACGGUGUUGAAUUAUCGAAUUCAAUUACUUUUAACCAAUCAACAUUCAUAAAAACACCGGCUUAUAUGUCAAUUAGUGGCAUGCAAGAGGAAUCACUAGGAAUUGCCUGUGUCCUAGACGCAUCUAGAAAGCAGUAUGUGGUAUUGAGAUUAUAG